AUUGUACGGAUAGUUGAUUUGCAACAAAUCAUGCCUUCUUUUCAAACAAAUCUUAUGGGUUUUUGUUACAGUUUUUGAAAACAUCGCUAAUUAUUACAGAAUAUUCUCGUGACUAACGCAUAGAGACCUCUAGUACUGUAUAAUACAAUCAAAGCAAUGAAUACAAUGUGUUGUAGUGUUUGUUGUUAUCAUUGAUCACACAAUUGAAACAAAUGUUAGAUUUCAUUAUAUUUGCCGUCACUUUUGUGGUCGCACUCAUCGGUGUUGUUGUAUAUCUCUAUCCCGGAUCAAGACGUCAAACAACUAUCGAUGGAUUAGAUCCAAGUCAUCCUAAAGAUGGAAACUCUGCUGAUAUCAUACGUGCCAACAGUUUUCAUAACUUUCUCAUACAAUUACACCACAAGUUUGGAUCAAUUGUGUCGUUCUGGUUGUUCGGCCCAACGCUGGCCAUCAGUGUCCGCACCGAUGAACUGAUAAAUACUUUGGACUAUUUGACKCAAAAGCCACGCGAAGUGACAGAAAUAUUUGAACCGUUUUUAGGACCUAAAAGUGUUUGGUUUGCCGACAAACAUGAUCUGAGAARACAACGGAUUUUGUGGACAAAGAUGUUUGACAACCAAUCAAUAGAUAGUCAGACACCGGUUAUCACUCAAUUGAUUGCUGAGUUGAUCCACAAGUGGUCAUCAUUGCCGGCCCGACAACACAUACCACUCGGAAAUUAUAUGAAAGUAUUUACAAUAAGAUUGUCUCUCAUUACUGGUUUCGGCGAAUACUUUCGUAAGAAUAACUCCGAACUGAUUGACUUUAGUAGAAGUUUCGAGAAUUGUUUCACUGAACUCGAGACCAGAAUAAGUGGUGAUUUACCCUCUGAUAAGAGUGUCCGUACCGAUCGUUUUCAAGAAUCGGUAGCCAAUUGCCGACAACUAUUGCAAAACGCGUUGAAAGACAUGCGAAACAAUCCUUCGGAUGCAAACAAUUGUCUUUUUAAACAUUUUAUAGAAGAUAACAGUGAAGAUGUACUCAUCGAUGAGUCGAUGACUUUUGUGUUUAUGUAUUACUCUAUGUCUUCGGCACUCAUGUGGAUAUUGUACUACUUGUCGGCCGAACGAGAACUACAAUCAGAGAUCAGCCAAAAGUUUCGCUUCAAUAUUGAAAGCGAUUUAAUUGACAGAUUCAUUGAUUGUGCCAUUACUUCAGCGAAUGUUAUUCAAUGGACUUCACGUGUGAAUCCUGACGUCGAGAAUCAAUUGAGCGGACAUAUAGUGCCAAAGGAAACCCCUAUUAUUUGUAGUCUCAGUUCUGACCACUUUCUUGAUUGUGACACUGAUUCUCCAUUAGACAUAUUUCGGAAACAUUUGGAUGCCAUCGAUGAUAAGCCAUCGCUGGCUUUCGGAUCAAAAAACUCGAAGCGUUGCUGUCCUGCCAUUCGUUACUCGAAAUUCGUUAUAAAAGAGUUAAUUACUGAAGUAUUGAUGAAUUUUGAAUUGGAAUCAAUAGACUUGGAUCUCAUUCCGCGACAAAUAUAUGGUAUUUACUCGAAAAGCGAAGAAGAGAUUUGGAUUACAGUUAAGAAUCGCAAAUAGUAUUGACUUUAUAAUCACUUUAUGUAUUAAUUGAUUAUAUAAUUUAAAA